CAUGUUUUGGUCAAACAUUAAAAUUUAUUUAACAUUACAUAACAUUAUAUGGUAUUUAUAUAACCGGACAGUAAUUGCUAUGAAUUAUGAAUUUCACUACAAUUAUCACUAAAUUAGCAAAAAGUCAUUUCGCAAGAUAUGGACUGCCAUUCAUAUUGUUUGUGACGGGAGGUUCGUUUGCAUUAAGAGAGUUCGCAACCGUUAGAUAUGAAGUUAGUCGACAUAACAAACAAAUGGGUGUAACACCAGAACUAUUAGAAGAGAUGGGAUUCAAAGUGAGACAACAGAAAACAUUAGAAGAAGAGUAUGAAAAUAUGGUUAAAACAGUUGACACAAACAACUGGAAGAAUAUUCGCGGUCCGCGACCGUGGGAACAGCCAACUCAAGAAUAUCAACAAAUGAUUGAACGAAGAAUUGCUGAAACAAAAAGGACACCAAAGAAACAAUAA